AUCUCGUUAUUCUUUCGUGGUUCCUAGUUGCUACUUACUAAUAGCGAAACGAGCGAGUAAGAAGAGGCAAUGGCGCGUCGCAUGGAUUACAGCAAGGCCAUAUUUGUAUUAUGGUGUGUCUCGAGCACAGCGUUCAGCGUCCCGAGUCCCUCGUCGUUGCCACAAAAAUUAGACGAGCAACUGUACACGACACGCAGGACACCGAGGGUGCUAUUUGACCUGCCUGUUUCCAAAUCAAGGCAACCGCUGGGUCCUGCUUUUAAUGACAACGAUAUAUUGAACUUCGAGCUGAGGAGUACGUCGACGAUGCCUUCGGAGUCAACGACGAAGCACAAAUCAUUCUCCACGGAACAACCUUUGUACCGUUUAGACGGAAGCAACGGACAAGCUUGCAUUCUUUUGCAAGUGGAUGCUCUGAUCACGGUGAAAUAUCGUACAAAACUCGGAGAAGACCAGGAAGCGAGCAUUUACGUUCCGAACGAUGCCACGGUGACCGGUAAUUGCAACAACGAAAACACGGUGACGAUGUUCCUGAAGUGGGACGCGUUUUUACUCUCGUGGAGUUUUGCUAAGACGCCGGGCGGAGAACGAUGGUACGUCGAGAAAAUCGAGUUGACCUAUAAUUCCAGCGAUCGACACUUUGAACACAUCGAUCAGCCAGGCAAGACUAGACGAUUGAGCAGCAGCCAGAAACACAGCUCCAUGUUGUUUCCCACACCGGUCGGAAAGUCGUAUUCCUGCAGCGACGAGACGAAGAUUCCGCUGACCGAUGGCACGAACUACGCCAACGUGUUUCUCAGAGACCUGAAGCUGCAACCGUUCAAAUUCAAGAACAACGAGUUUGCCGCUGAAUUCUCUUGUACGGCGUUGAGCGCCCGCGGUUUCCGGGACGAGACUGCACCAGUCGCUGUCGGCUCAACGUUGGCCGCCGCCGUUCUGCUCACCAUUACCGGGUACGCGGCCUACCGCUACUUCAAAGUCGAGAAGGUCAAGUACGACACCAUGGAGUAA